AUGCGUAGUAGAACGUCUCGAUUUAUUAUUUUAUUAAUUGCUUCUUUAAUAUGUGUGCUACUUGUAUCAAGCACUCCUAUAUAUAACCAAAUAUUUUCUAUCAGAAAUGUAAGAAAUUCAACAAUCAAGUUUUAUCCUUGUAUUGCUGUACUUGUUGAUUUUCGUACCGUUAACCAAAUAGUUAGUAUUGUUCAUAAUGUUAAUCAACAUAUUCCAUCAUCAUGGCCUAUUCAAAUUUUUCAUGGAAAAAAUAAUCAGAAUUUUAUUCAAAAUUCAACUUUAGCACCAUUAAUUGCAUCGAGAAAAAUAUUCCUUACUCUCAUGGAAGAAGUUUAUGAUCGUAGUCGAACGAGUGAACUAUUAACCGAUCCAAAAUUUUGGGAACGUGUUCGUGGUGAAAAAAUUCUUCUAUUUCAAAUUGAUUCAGUUAUGUGUUCGAAUUCUCCACAUAAAAUUACUGAUUUUCUUCAAUAUGAUUAUGUUGGUGCUCCAUGGGAUCUAUCUUGGUUUGGUUUUAAUAAAGCAUAUCUAGUUGGUAAUGGAGGAUUUUCAUUACGUAGUCGUAGUAAAAUACUUGCUUUACUUGCACUCGUUAAAUACGAUGUAAACAUUCCAGAAGAUGUGUGGUAUGCACAGAAUUUACAUCGUGUUAAUGCAUCAAUACCUUCCGUUGAAAUAGCGAAAACAUUUGCCGUUGAAUCUAUUUAUUAUGAAAUACCACUAGGUGUGCAUCGAUUUCGUGGAGAUUAUACAUUUCGUGGCAACUUAGCAAGAACAUGUCCUGAAUCAAUGUUAGUUACGACAGACGUGCAAUAUUUGUGA